CGUUGCUCACUGACGGUGGAGGAAGCGGGCACUUUAUCUCACACACACAAGUUUCACAUUUCUUGCAACUCUUCCCUCGUGGUCUAAAAUGUCAUGAAUUCAGCAUCUUGCAGGGAACACACUCUGACUUCGGGCGAUGUCUACAUGUCUGGAGGAUUUCUGUGGGGGUUAGGGAGACACAAGUUGGCCAACAUGCGUAACGGGACGCUGACGCGUAAGCGGCGCUCUUAUGGAAUAUAGCGUGCUGUUCUGUCAGAGCUCCUGCGCUGUUUCGUUUCACCCGGGAAAAAGUAGACUUCUGGUCGCGUGCAUCAUGCUGACACUUUGGGCGUACAUGCUUUACUGCUGCGUUGGUUAUUGCGCUUCCGUGCCGAGGUUCGCGGUGGACUCGGUUGGGAUGAGGACGAAGCCGGAGGCUGCUGCUGCUGCUGCUGUGGACUCCUUCAUCAACUCGGGAAGGGACGUUUACUCCAAAGCGCACUCGAGGGACUUGUUAAACAACAAAAACGAGCUGGACAGCAGAGCAGACGAGUGGGAUGAGAGCAAGGCUGAGCUAAGGGCUGGGGAAGACGGGACAGCAGCGACAGGUGCCUGCAAUGGGACGGAGACGAAGAAACUGCCCCAGGCCAUCAUCAUCGGGGUGAAAAAGGGCGGCACGCGCGCGCUGCUCGAGUUCCUGCGCGUGCACCCUGACAUCAGGGCUGUGGGCGCAGAGCCGCACUUCUUUGACCGGAACUACGAUAAAGGGCUCGAGUGGUACAGAGAGCUGAUGCCUAAGACUAUAGAGGGCCAAAUCACCAUGGAAAAGACCCCCAGCUACUUUGUGACCAAGGAGGUCCCAGGCCGCAUCUAUGCCAUGUCGAAGGACACUAAGCUGAUUGUGGUGGUGCGGGACCCAGUUACCAGAGCCAUCUCAGACUACACUCAAACGCGUUCCAAGAAACCCGACAUACCCUCCUUUGAGAGCCUGACCUUCAAGAAUGAAACAGCAGGCGUGAUUGACGCCACAUGGAGUGCCUUGCAGAUUGGUAUGUACGCCCGGCACCUGAAACGCUGGCUGCAGUUCUUCCCACUCAGUCAGAUCCUGUUUGUGAGUGGUGAGCGGCUAAUCACUGACCCAGCUGGUGAGAUGGCACGUGUGCAGGACUUUCUGCACUUGAAGAGGUUGAUCACCGAGAAACACUUCCACUUCAACCCAGCCAAGGGCUUCCCCUGCCUGAAGAAGCCAGCAAGCAACAGCAAGCCCCACUGCCUGGGCAAAACCAAAGGACGCACCCACCCAAACAUCCAACCCACUGUGGUGCGUCAACUGCAAGACUUCUACAAGCCAUUUAACAAAAAAUUUUACCUCAUGACUGGGCAAGAUUUUGGCUGGGAUUGACAAAUGAUUAAAAAAAAACUUUGUAAAAGAUUUUUAUUUGUGUAAAAAGAACAGAAGUCUAUUUUAUGAUAAUUUAUUGCAGUCAUUCCAUUUUUAUGGAAAUUGGUGAGCUUAUUAUUUAAUAGGUUUGAGUAAUUGCAUUACCAAAUUGGGAACUUUGUAGUGAAUGACCAAUAGUUAUUCAAAUGAGGAGAAACGUCCCCAAAAGGAUGACAAAACCACAAUGAAAUUAGUAACGGGUAAACAGUGAGCCAGUCUUGUGCAGAGAAAAUGUUCUUUUUCUUCAGUCCAUCCAUCAAGCAAUAGCAUCUCUUUCAGUGUCCAUACAAUUCUUAUCCUUAGAAGCCAUGCAUUCCAGACCCUAAUCAAAUUUUUCCAGGAGACCAUUAUCCCAUAAUCCUUUCUCAUCAUUUGAUUAAUCUCAGAGAAAGGGUCUUUUACCAUGGGUCAGUUUUGGGUGCCAGCUGAUCCACUACUAGUUCAGGUUGAUCAAUACACUAAAUGAUACACAACACCAAUUGUGAUGAAAAAAUGGGACAGACCAAAGCUCUAGGAAAAAAAAUCAGUCAGUCAUUAUAUUGAUUAAACCCUAGAAGGUUUUCAUAAUAAUAUUUGAACUGACUUUAUUUGGCAACAGUGCUGAAUGCGCUUAUGGAAUAUAAUUUUUAUAAUUAUAUUUUUAUAAGUGAACAAUUUUACCUGAAGCCUGGGAACUAGUGAGAAUUUAAACUAGGUCUAAUGUUGCCAAAAUUUGUAAGCCCUUUGACCAGGGAGUUCCCUGAGACCUCUCCAUACCAUAAUCACGUGUUUCUUACUUGGGAGGGGAGGUUAUAGUGUCAUGUCCUUGGUAUUUUGUUGAAGAACAGGAUAGGGAGGACAAAUACUCCCAAAUUCUUUGGCAGAGCAGAGCAGGACCAUCGGACCUAUUUGGAUGACCUCAGAAAUGGACUCUGGAACUAAACAUAAUAAAUAAAUAAACUGAACUGCUGAUUAAGCCAUAUUUGUCACAAAUGUAAAUGGUUUGAUUCAAGGCGAUCAGAGGACAUGGUUUAAAUUCUCUGGGAAAAAGAAAAAUCUAUCAUUUUUAUGUUAGUUUAGUUUAUAUUAACAGAGAAACACCAUGACUUGAAGAUCUACAACAUCAAAAGGAUUUGCUCAGUUUAAGCCAUAUAUUAUAUUUUCAGGCACAGCAAAAAAGAGGAAAAACGUUUCUUAGGACACAUAUUUUCUAAACAUCUAUGUAUGGUUGGUUGAGUUUUAUUCAACCCUAUUAAAGAUAUUACAUUUUCUCUUCUUAUGGCUUUCCAGAGUAAGCUGUGCAGAUCGAGUACUCUAUUUAUUGUGGUAUUCAAAUGUUUUUUUCCAACUUUAAACUAAAAUUCUGUCAAGAGAUUGAGACUAUGAAUACUUUAUGCUACAGUAUUCUUCUGCAAUGAUAAAAUAAAUCUAUUUUACCAAAA